AUGGUAGUUGAGCAGCCCCACAGGGUGGAGGCUGAGGGCUUGUCCACAGGCUACGAAGGGCCCCUCCCUGCCCUGCUGGGCGCCUGGCACUCAGAGGCCACCACCACCUUCCAGGCUAAGCCACGUCAUCUUGCUGGUUUGGAAGCUCGGGCUUUGUGGUUGAAGCAGGUGGUGACCGAGUCAGAACUUUCCAAGCCCCACGCUCUGCAGAGGCUGGGUUUCCAGGAUUUUGUCCCAGUUCAUACAAGGCUACAGUUUGAGCAGAGUGCCAGGAAAGGCGGGGCUCGGUACAGUCGAAUCCCAGACAGCAGAUUCCCUCCAGCAGCCUCAAGGGCCAGCAGGAGCUGUGGUGUCGCAACCAAACCGGGGCCCCUGGCGGAAGCGGAAGCCUGCGCUGGGGGUGGUGAGGCGCAGUCGCGGCGGUCGCGGCGUGCCAGGCUCUGGGCACCCGGCGGGGGCGUGCGCGCCACGCGCGUGCGGGGCAGGCUUGGCGCCAGGCGGCACCCUCCAGGCCCCAGCGUCUGUUUACCAACAAACUGCCAUCGCUCAGCAGCUACGCAUUCCGACGCGCUGAAUAAGCGACCGGCGCAGGCGAUCUGCUUUCCACUCCUCAGAGCCCAGGCAGCGUGGAGCCCUGCGCACCGGCGCGACCCGCAGAGCGCGAACACAGCAACCCCAGGAGACGCCUACCUGCCCAGCCAGCAACUCUCGGCGGCGUGGUCUCAGCCCUUCCACCCGCCAGUUGUGCACCCUCAGGAACUUGAAACAGGUAAAGAUUGGUUUCAGAACAAAGGCUCCAAACAGAAGAAACUCCUGCAACAGAACUCAGGAGAGCAGGAAGAAGACUUCCUUGGGAGACCCCCUCCCUGUCUCCCUGCUCCCCAAAUCUUUCAUCCCUCUGGGGUCUACUCAAGGCAGGCGCCCUGCCUACCAGUGGCCAUGGCAAUGGCUUCAGAGCCUGGUAUCAGCUCCCCAGAUGUGCGGCUUCUGCCUCAGAUGCUAUGAGUCUAGAGAAGGGGCUGGUUAGGCUCCAACCCUCCUGUCAAGCCCAGGACAUCGCACCUGCUCUCCUUCUGGGGGGAGAGGAAACCAACUCCAGAUGGAUUUUCUCAAGACAAGAAGCAAAAUGAGAAAAAAGAACAGAGUGGGGGUCUGGAUCUCCAAGCCAGAUAGCUAAAUCAAAGGCUUUAAUCUUUAGUCUGUCCCCAGUGCUACCAUGGACUGGACAUCUCCUCCCUCUGGCAGGACAAAGACCUUAGAGAGCGGCACUGGCCAGAGUUUAGACUGCGAUGGUCUUGCCUCUCCUCCCUCUUCAAAUGACUGCAGCCCCACCACAGCCUAGGAUCUAAGCCAGGAAGAAAACAAAUAUUAUUUCUAGCCUGCACCUUGGGCCCUAUCAGCCCGUCCAUGAACAAAUCCAGAAGUGGACACAGUCUCUGUUGUCGGCCAUAAAGCCUCUGUUUUUCAUCUACCAGUUAUCAGUGAUAGUCAACCCGUUACCUCCCUAGCUGGAGGUGCGGUCCAGUGGUAGAGUAAGUGCUUAACAUGUAAGAGGCCCCAGCACCAAAACAAAAAUAUGGAGUGUUGGCCUGGCGGUGGUGGUGCACGCCUUUAAUCCCAGCACGCAGGAGGCAGAGACAGGCGGAUUUCUGUUGAGUUCGAGGCCUGGUCUAUAGAGUGGGUUCCAAAGCUACACAGAGAAAUCCUGUCUUGGGGGGGGGGUGGGAAGAGUAUUGGCCUGUGGGCAAUUUGUGCUUCUUUUCAAUGGCCCUCUACUCCUCUAUCUAUCCAUUUUGUGUUGAUAAAUCCUGGGUUAAAUCAACAGGGGUGGAUUAAGAGCCUAGGCCCACUACCUUCCAUCCUUGAUACUAACGAGUUCAGCUGCUCAUGUUCUUGGAAGCCCAGGAAAAGAAACGGGACAGAUUCUCUGGAUCAUUGCAGGCAUAGCUUCCUCCAGAUAAUGGGGUGGGCUUGACACUUCAGCCCCUCACGGUUGCCUCGACCCAAGGAACUGUUCCAAUUCACCAUUAUUCUGUCCAGCAUCCCCAGGGUCUUGCCAUCUCUCAAAUCACAAGCUUUAGAGAUUAAAAUGUAUACAAAAAACAGAACAAAGA